CUCGAAACUGUUUGUUUCUUUGUCCGUAUAUGUCAUACACGUAGGCGUACCAAGAAUCCUCCCGUUGGCUGGGAGUUGCACCUCUGUAAGGACGUUGAUUCGUUCCCGAAAUAGCCUCUUUCUUUGCCGACCUCAUCAAUUCUAAUCAUCAGUAUGGUUUGACCAUCCACACCAGCAAUUGCAUGCUUCGCCCUAGAAACAUACUGCGAUAUGUACAAUCGACCUGCUAUGCGCUCCUAAUUAGUAAGUGCUGCUCACGACCCAGGCCUCGGAUUACGGACUACGUUGCUGGUACCGAGCCACGAGCCCUGCUCCACAUUGGGGGGUAAAGCCGAUCUGCGCUUAGGGGAUUUAAGAAAGCACUACCCGCCCGCGGAGCAUGGCCCGACUUCUCUGGUCGCCACCACUUUUCACAGCGGUUCUUUGGGAUGGAAGAGAGAAUGAAGAGAGAUGAGGAAGAAGGUGUGAAAGAGAAGGCGGAUGAAACGGGAGUUGGGCAUGGCCGUGGAGUGGGUAUGGAUGACAAAGAGGUGGAGAAUGCGGCCGACUCGGGCGCAGAGGGGAAUGGAUUGCCAUUCUCGAAGGCGAGAUGCAUUGCCCUUGUGUUGACGGUUACGGGUGCCUCAAUCAUAAAUACGUUAGGCGUGCAGGCCUCCGUUAUCAUUCUCCCCACCAUCGGUAGAGCCCUUGACAUCCCUGACAGCCGACAACAAUGGAUUCUAUCAGCAUACAAUCUGACCUUUGGUUGCUUCCUCUUAUUAUGGGGCCGGCUCGCAGACGUGUAUGGCAAGCGGCUCAUCUUCAUAUUAGGCUCCGCAUGGAUCACUAUUGCCUCCAUCAUCGUACCCUUUAUGCCGAAUGAGAUUAGCUUUGACAUAUUGCGUGGUUUCCAGGGACUCGGUGCUGCUGCUAUGGUGCCGACUGCAAUUGGUAUCUUGGGAGUGACCUUUCGGCCUGGGAAGGCGAAGAAUUAUGCAUUUGCAUGCUAUGGGGCUGGAGCUCCGCUCGGAGCGGUAUUCGGGAACAUCUUUGGCGGUGUAUUGACACAAUUCCUGGACUGGAAAUGGGUCUUCUGGAUCUUUGCCAUGCUGGGCGGCAUCAUCACCAUCGCAGGUAUCUUCAUCAUUCCCCUCCCACCUGUGCAAACCGAAUCCAUCAGCAUGCGCUAUAACGUGGAUUGGGUCGGUGGCACGCUCAUCACUAUCGGCAUACUUGUCUUGCUCUUCGCGUUGACCGAAGGCAAUGUCGUGGGUUGGGAUACGCCCUGGGUGCCCACCCUCAUUGCUGUUGCUCUCCUUAUCAUUGCAGCCUUCGUAUUCUGGCAGCGAUAUCUCGAGAAAAAAGGGCAGAGGAAGCCGUUGAUGAAAGUUUCGAUCUUUAAGAGUGUUAGAUUCUCGGCGGCGAACAUAAUCAUGUUCUUGUUCUUUGCGUCGUUCAACAACUUCUUAAUUACCGUCACUUACUGGUUCCAAGAAUACCAGGGCCUAUCCGUCAUCCAGACCACCAUUCACUUCAUCCCAACCGGAGUCACGGGAGUAAUCACCGCCUUCGUAACGGCGCAGCUCCUCUCCCGCGUCAGGGGCGACUUCAUCCUCACCUUCGGCACCCUCGCCAUUGGCAUAUCAUCCUUGCUCGUUGCCCUGCCACUCCCAACCUCGACGUCCUACUGGGCCUACAUCUUCCCGGCCAUGGUCCUCAGCACCUGCGGCGCAGACACCCUGUACCCCACACUGACGCUCUUCACGGCGAAGAGUCUACCUCCCGAAGAUCAAGCCCUCGGCGGCGCCCUUAUCAAUGCAGUAGGACAGGUUGGCCGAGCGAUUGGCCUAGCGAUCAUGACGGCCGUGCAGACGGCUGUUAUUGCGGAGAAGAAGGGGCUCAGUGUCGAUGUGGUGGGUGGGGAAGGGUACAAGCUGGGGAAAGGGGAUGAGGCGCUCAAGAUUGGGCUACGGAGCGCAAGUUGGUUCAAUGCUGGGAUUGGAGUUGUGGCUGUCGCGGUGGUGUUGUUGUUUUUCCGGGGGGCGGGGAAGGUGGGUGGGAAGCAUUGAGAGAGUUCUGCAGAAGAAGGACUUUUUGGUGCAGAUUAGCAAUUAUCGUAUAGACGUGUAACAGCACAAUGAGCGAUUAAGGCGCCGCACUUCUCCUAAAGGUGUGCGCCCCCUGCCACACAUCGGAUUCCAGGUCCAUCUUCAUCCCAGCGUUGCAAG